AGCAUAAACAAUAUGGUUGAAGCCGCAGUGUUAUGUACGUGAUUUUUGUUUUGAUUAGAGAAAAUCCCACAAAAUCAUGUAAAUAUUCAAAUUUUUUGUUUCAAAACGUUUUCAAAUAUAAAUAUUAGCCAUAAAAUUAUAACAAGUGUUUUUUACUAUUCUUUAGCAUAGUUAUUAAGUUAUGUCGCAUUUCUUACUUCUCUCAGAAACUGUAACUGAAACUGUAACUGUAAACUACUGUAGUUGUAGUCGUUAAAGUUUGAUUUGUAUUGAAACUACAUACAUAAACUAACACGUAACUUAUGACUUAACUUAAUUCUUUUUAAUAACUACUCACAGUGAAAGUCUGAAUGACAGAAUUAGCCUUAUCUAUAUUAGUAUUAGCAAAAAUGUCUUAUUACUUUUUAACUUUUUAAAAUCUAAAUCUAAGAUGUCGAAAUCCGAAGAAAAAAUCAUGCAUACUACUGGAUCUGCUAAUGUUGAAACCUCAAUAGAUGCCUUGAUGGAGGAGGAGUUGCAACAAAUGGAUUUUAAUGAUCAUCUUGAUGAUAAUUUUGAUGAAGAUGGUGAUGAUGACCAGGAUCUUAUAGCCCCACUGAAUGGACCCAAUGAACUUGACAAUAAUAAUGAAUUGAACAAUGAUGUAAGUAUUGCAAGUAACUGGGGCUAGGGAUAAUAGUAAUAAUAAUUUUUUUUUAUCUAACAUGUUAUACUUGUUAACUUUGUACGUUUAAAAUUAUCAGGACAAGGAAGUUUAAAAAAAAAUAUACAUCAUCAGUGGCGCUACAAUUUUAAUUUGAAUACCAGGGGAGACCUUUGGCUAAUUGCUAACACUGUCUGCCUGGAAACCAAGAUGUUUAGGUUUAAUUAAUCCAGAGCUGGUUGAUGUUGGCUCAAACUGAAACAUGUAAAAGCGCUGCAGUCUUUCCAGUUAAUUUACAUUUAUAUCUUUAGGAAUAAUCCAGAAUCUUAAGCCCCCCCCCCCACCCCCCCCCCCCCCCAAAAAAAAAGUUAAGGAAAGAAAAACAUUAAAAAAUGAAGAAAAAGAUUUAUGAUUUUUUUUGUGGUUUUACUAGAUUACUCUAUAUAAAUAAUUUUUAAAAUUAAAAAAAAAACGGAAUAAUUGUAUAAAAAUAAGUUAUAAAAAAUGUUUUUUUCAAUCUUUGUCUUAGAGAGACACAAAAAAAUGUAUAAUUUGAAAAUAAGAAAAUUCCAGAGUUUUAUAGUCAUGUGUAUGUGGUGGGAAAAUCUCCAUUAAAACAUAAACAUGCUGAUGAAUGUCAUUAGGAGCUGCCUCCUGAAGUCAGACAUUAUGUGAAAACUCUUGAGAGUCAGUCAGCACAGCUGGAAAAAGAACUGCUACUUUGUGAUGAAUUCCUGAAAGAUUCACUAAAUCAGGAAAAAGGUGAACAAUUUCAUUAUUUUUAAAAGUUGGAAAUUGAAAUUUUAAAAUUAUAUGAUAAUAAAAUUGUUUAAAGACUGCUGAGCAAGUAUUGUAAUUACUUUUUAGUAACACAUUUUCACCUUAUUUUGUAUGUCCAUGAUUAAUAAUGAUUACAUUUUUUAGAAUAUUUGUUAUACUGACAAAUUUGAAUAUUUGACAUUUUAAAAUUUCAAAUUGCUAUUUCAUUUUAAAAAUAAAAUCCAUUUAACCAUUACCGCUAAGACUUGUCAUUAAAUCAAUGGAAACAAUAUUUUACCUUAAGUUUGAGGUGAACUGAUUCCUAAAAUUCAAAUGUUCAAUUCCAGAAUCAUUUUGGGGUCCAAAUAGCUAACUGAAGUAUUCAGGAAAUAAAUGACUUUUUAAAAUUGGAAUACUGUAUGUGUUAUGAAUUAUACGAACCACAUUUCAUUUUACUUAAAGCACCAAGUAAUGCUGUUAUGCCCUAUGAUGAUGCAAAACUGCUGGCAGAUGCCGCUGCGGAGGCAGGAAUGACAGUUGAAGAGUUUAAACACAAGGUGAAGAGCAGCAUUCAUAUAUUUGAUGAUGUCAGAGAAAAUAGAAUUUUAACAUAAGUUACAAUUCUUUAUCAUUUAAUUUAAAGAUGGUUAAGCUGCUAUAUCCAAUACAUUUGAUGUGGUUUGCGUCAUUUUCCAUAACAUUCGAUGUUGUAUGCUGCUCCAGAUUUUGAAAGAUUUGGAAACUGAUGACUUCAGUGAAGAGAUGAUGGACAGAGAGUAUGAGGAAUUCACUCAGAUGCAGAAGGAGUUGGCGGACAUGACAGCAGACAUUUAUGAAACCAUGCAUAGAAAUGAUGAAAAUGAACUGUUAGCCAUAGAGGUACAUUUUUAACGUGUUAAAAUAAUAUGUUAAAACCUUGUUUGUUAAAAUACUGAUAUCUCCCACUCUUUCUUUGUGUCUUGUCCUUUGUUACACAUCCAUCAGAACAAAUGCUCAAGUUUUAAAAUAAUAUAAUUUUAUUAAGCUGUUAAAUUUUCUGCUACAUUGUUUGUCAUUCAAUGACAAAAAAAAAGGGAAGUGAACAAAGUAUAAAAUAUACCAAACGUGUCUCACAAAUAUACCAAACAUGUCUCAACAAUAUACUAAACAUGUCUCAUCAAUUCUAAUGUCAAUAGUUAGAAAAAAAACUAUUUUUUUCUGCAUUGUUUUAACAAAAGAAACUUUUGUUGUCUUUAGGCUUCUUGUGACGAAAACAUCAACAAUGCUAACGAUGAUACUGGCGAGAUUAGCAGCUCGUUGGCCUUGAGGUAUCUGCGAGAGCACAGGCUGGCCAUUUCAGAUACAGAAAACAAAGGUUUGCCGAUAGGAUGUACGUGCACAGUUGUCUCUCCCCAUUCUUUAACUGUGAUUGCAAAGAGCACAAUGAAAAUGGUGGGCGGCGGCAUGAACCUCUGCAUUAUCCUACCACCCAACAACCCACCCCCCCCUUUCCUUACAGCCUGUUUCUCCACAAGGCAGGCCUGACAUCACACCCUCAAUCAGUGAGUUGUCCUUGAUUCUUCCCCCUCCCCCCCUCAUCCCUUUUGCCAGACAUUAAAAGUUUUGAACUCUUCCUAUUGGUUGGAGUUGAUUUAAUUUUACAACCUUAUUAAUCCACCCCAGGGAAGUUUGGGGGGAGGUGGAGUCAGGGUGGCCCACAUCAGAGUGAUUUCAGGUUGUCUCUAGGAUGGAAUAGCCGUUAGUCAACCCAAUUGUGCAAAUGACUGUUUCAGUUUUUUGUCAUUGGUGGGCUGGUGCACUAGCUGCAGCUGUCCACAUCAUGUACCAGCCUCCAAACUAAUCCACCUCUGCAUUGGCACUGCCCAGAACCCAAGGGAAGUAAACCUCCACUACAUCUGUAUGCACAUUGCUAGAUAAAGCUUUAUCUAUGUGGGCACAUUGCUAGCAAGAGCUUUGUCUAUGUAUGCACAUUGCUAGCUAGAGCUUUGUCUAUGUGGGCACAAUGCUAGCUAGAGCUUUGUCUAUAUGUGCACAUUGCUAGCAAAAGCUUUGUCUAUGUGUGCACAAUGCUAGCUAGAGCUUUGUCUAUGUAUGCACAUUGCUAGCUAGAGCUUUGUCUAUAUGUGCACAUUGCUAGCAAGAGCUUUGUCUAUAUGUGCACAUUUCCAAUGUUUUUGUAGUUCCUGCAUCAUCACAUUAAUAUUUUGUCCCCUAAAUGAACAAACUCAGAAUCCUGUCACAUCAUAAAUUUUUAAAUCAGAUCCUGUUCAAACUAUUCUUGACAAAACCCUGCUGUUAUUUCUUUGCUGUUAUUGCUGCUGAAAAGAUUACAUUUGAGUUAAAUAUUUUCAGCUGGUUUCAUCAAUAUUUCUUGAGAUUUUCAUAUAGUCUUCAUGCUGGAGUUGUGACUUUCCCUGUUUUCCGAGGAACUUCCACUUUCCUCAACUUAAGCUGAUCAUUACAGUACAUAGACACAAACGAAAUAAAUUAACUUUUUAUUUUUUUUAUUUUUUAAAAUUUUUUUGUAGAUUUUUUGUUGUUGAAAGUUUGGUUACACCACUGCCCUGUGAUAUUCAGUGGUCAUCUUGCCCUCUGUGUCCUUGCAUUCAACUUUACUAUCCUAUACCCUCAUUAGCUGGCCCUUUAGUUUCCAUGGCAGCACUGUCCAGUAUGAGAGAUUUCAUUCAUCAACAGUUGAGAAAAACAGAAGAAGGUUUCCAUACCAGGCAACAAAACCUGGUGGAGGUAAGUGGACCUGUCAAGAUAUGUUUAUUCUAUGUUAACUUUGCUCUGAAACCCAAAUAGCUCAAAUUUAAUUGCAUUUUUGGGAGGUUCCCUUUUGUCAGUUGCUCUGUUUAAUUUUGUUUUAAAAAGAUGUUAAAAUUUCUAUAGGAAUAUAAACACAAUUCGAUUAAAAAAAAUAAAAAAUUUCAAUACAUUUUUUCAUUAUUUUAAAAGUGCUGAACUUUCAUAAAAAAAUUGUCAAACAAAGCUUUACAUUUGUAUUUACUUAUCUGUAGUCUGCAUUUUCUGUUUAAAAAUGUUUGUUUUCCUUGAAAUGUUAAUAGACAUUCUAAUCUUACCUGUUUGUGCUGACAUUAUUCCCUGUGUAACGAUGUCGCCAACACUGAUUUCACUGUGCAAAUAUUCCAGACAACUGGGCUAAAUGAGAUUCUUAAACAUACUGCGUUUGCUUUUGUAGCAUAAAUAGUUAUUGGGAAUUGGAAGAAUAUUAAUGUAAUUCAGGGCCUGUGGCGUACGUGAGGAGGGGGGUGGGGGGUGGUGUUUGUAUCACUUGUGGGGAAUCUUAGUAAGUGUAUACUUGAAUGCAUGUUUUGUCGAGUAAUUUUAGUAGAUGGGAAGUUCAUGCAUUACAGCCGUCAUUGUUUGGGGCUGACUCUGGCUAGUAAUAAUAAUGAGUAGCACAGGGCACAAUGAAACCUGAGAGUCUUGACUAAUGGGUUUUUAAAUGUCAAAGUCGUUUUGUAAUUUUUUAAAACUCCGUAGAUAUAUUAAUCUUGAGGACCCUGAUAUUGAUGGGCUGAAUGUGCUGGAGAGACCCACCUCUGAUAUUGAUGGGCUGAAUGUGCUGGAGAGACUGGUGGAUAAGAAUUGGUUCCGGCGGUGUAAAUUUGGCUUUUUUUUUUAACUGGUUCCAGUCCAUCGAGAGGCACAAGCAGGAGGAGGAGAAGUGGACUCUGGUGGAGGAGGAGAGGAAAAACAAAUUACAUUUGGAGCGAGAGGGAGAAGAGGCGGCUCUGAGGGAGAGAGAGAAGUGCCAACAAGGGAGGCUGGAGGGGGAGCUGAAAGUUCUAGAUGACCAGUUGGCCCAAGAGCUGAGCUACCACCAGGUUUGUAGUGAUAGGUCACAGUGACCCUGAUGGCAGUCUAUGACGGGGUCCCAAGUAACGUUUUUCAGUGCCUGCAGUGUGCUGUUAUUUAAAGCUUUACAAACUGGCAAAUUUUUAACUCGUUGUUUUGUUGUUUUUUUUGCAGCCAUUUAUUUUCUUAUAUUUUCAACAAUUUUGAAGCUUUGUUGAAUAGCAAUAAUUUAAAGAUGAUGAUUGAAAGAAAGUUCAGUAAAAAAAAAAAUUCAAUAGAGUUUCAAGUUCAUGUGAUUGUAGCAACAAAAAUUGUAUCUGUGGACCAUAGUUGGACGACACUUAACAAUGUUGUUGUUAGAAUCCGCUGCAAGGUGGCACUGUCUGCCUGCAGGUAAGCCAACGGAGCGGCACACCCAGAAAAAAUUGACAGAAAAGAUGUGCACCAUGAGAUGUGUGGGAUUUAAAAACAAACAGAGAUCUUCUCUGAAUUGUCUUUUCAAAUUAAAAUAAUUGGCAUACUCACAAACCUACGUCCCAGCAACCUCAAGUUGAAAUAAUUUACAAAGAGCAAAAAGAAAUACACUGUAUCAAAUUGAAAUUCUGUUUCAUAAAGACCCCAAUAUAAAAAUUUAAAUUUAAAAAAAUAAUCCAGCCAGCAGUCUUUAUUACAUUGGUAUAAAUAAUUAAAUUGGUAUAAAUAAUUAAAUUGGUAUAAAUAAUUACAUUGGUGUAAAUAAUUAAAUUGGUAUAAAUAAUUACAUUGAUAUAAAUAAUUACAUUGGUAUAAAUAAUUACAUUGGUAUAAAUAAUUACAAUGGUAUAAAUAAUUACAAUGGUAUAAAUAAUUACAUUGGUAUAAAUAAUUAUAAUGGUAUAAAUAACUACAUUGGUAUAAAUAAUUAUACUGGUAUAAAUAAUUACAUUGGUAUAAAUAAUUAUACUGGUAUAAAUAAUUAUACUGGUAUAAAUAAUUACAAUGGUAUAAAUAAUUACAUUGGUAUAAAUAAUUACAUUGGUAUAAAUAAUUAACUGGUAAAAAUAAUUAUACUGGUAAAAAUAAUUACACUUGUAUAAAUAAUUAUACUGGUAUAAUUACAAUGGUAUAAAUCAUUUUGUAUGGGUUGGUCUUGUAUUCUAAAGCACAAGAUUCGGUGUCUAUCUCACAGGCAGAAAUAAAGAAAUUGUCGGAAGACUUGGAGGCUGAAAAAACUCGGUAUGAAGCAGAGCACAGCCACUGGCUCAUGUCACUGGAGGCCACAAGAAGUCAUGCGGCUUUAGCGAUUCAACGAAGAUACAGAGGUUACAGGUGGGAUUCAUGGCAAACGGGGUUGGGGAACCCUUUGUUUUGGUGACAGGGAUUCUCGACCCCUUUUUAAUAUACAUGGUUUGAAUUGAUAACAUUUUAAAGAUGGUUACCUAAAAUGCUUUUUGAAAUAGUUAAGGUGAAAACUUAUCACCUAAUUUGUCUCCAAUGUGAAUUUUCGUGUUUCCUGGGAAUCCGAAUAUAUUUAGUUAUGUUUUGAUAAAUAAAUUUAACCAAUGCUUUUUUAACCACUUCAAAUUGAAUUCACCUACAUAAUUUUUUUCUCCACUGGGCUCAGUGUAAAUUUAUGAUUUAAAGAAUCAGGGCUCAAUUGUGUUAUGUGAGGUGUAAAAAUAAUACUGACGAUCGUGACCGAUGUGAAUUAGUUGAUAUGAAGUUCUAGGUGUUGGUGGGUGAGCGUGACUGUAAUUUAACAAAUGAUGGCAUUAGCCAAUGAUGGUGAACGUAAACAAAUUGAGUUAUGCUAAUAGCCUAAAUUAAUCCACUGCAAAAUAAAUGAUCCAAGGUGCGUGUUGGGGACGGGGAGCGUGUUGGGGACAGGGUGUGUGUUGGGGACAGGGUGUGUGUUGGGGACAGGUUGUGUGUUGGGGACAGGUUGUGUGUUGGGGACAGGUUGUGUGUUGGGGACAGGUUGUGUGUUGGGGACAGGUUGUGUGUUGGGGACAGGUUGUGUGUUGGGGACAGGUGUGUGUUGGGGACAGGUGUGUGUAGGGGACACGUUGUGUGUAGGGGACACGUUGUGUGUUGGGGACAGGUGGUGGGUGGGGGGCAGGGUGUGUGUGUGGGGGUUGGGUGUGUGUUGGGGAUUGGUUGUGUGGUGGGGGGUGGUGUGUGGUGGGGGCAGGUGUGUGUAGGGGAGGUGUUGUGUGUAGGGGACAGGUUGUGUGUUGGGGACAGGUUGUGUGUUGGGGACAGGGUGUGUGUGUUGGGGACAGGUUGUGUGUUGGGGACACGUGUGUGUUGGGAAUUAUAAGUUGUCUGUGGUGGGUGUGAACAGCUCAAACAUAGUUCUUAAAUUAAAUGUUCCAGUGUCAGGGAUGUAAACCUGACAAGUUCAAAACUUAUGGCCCAAGGCAGGGGACAUUCCUGGCCCUUUCAUCCAGAGGUGUCUGGGAAGGUGUCUGUGGGGGGGGGGGGGGGGGAGGGGGGGGUCACUCCAUGCUGAUAUACCCUAAAGUGCAAAUUUUGUUGUCCUUCUCUUCUAAUAAUUAUGUUUGCUGUACUUUGCAUUGCAUGAAACACUUAGGGGCCCAUAUUUAUCGUCCUGCCUUGAUUGGAUUUACCCUCAGGCCAAUCUAUGUAUGAUUAUAAUUUUUAACUUCUCCAGGACACGCAGGGCGAUGUCUGCGACAAUGAAAGACCUGGAAGAGAUGAAGACGUUGCGCAAAAAUGAAAGAUACAAGCUGAGGGUGCUGGAGGUCGAGUACCAGAUGAAAUACACGACAGAGCAAGACAGGAAGUGA